AUGUCGUUCAACUUUGGUGCGUCGUCCACUGCUCCAUCGGGCGGCUUUAACUUUGGCGCUAGCUCCUCCACUACCUCCACGUCUUCCACAGCUCCAAGUACUGGUGGCUUUUCUUUUGGUUCGACUUCCGACGCUCCUACCACAUCUACCGCGCCGUCUACAGGCUUUAGCUUUGGCUCUAAACCAACAGCUGCAGCUCCUCCCACGUCUUUUAGCUUUGCGUCGACAUUUUCAACACCUGCAGCUCCAGCUGAAGCCAAGACUAGUGCUCCAUCGACAGGUUUUAAUUUUGGAUCCACGGAUACCACUUCUACUGCUCCAUCCACUAGCACUUCCACGGCUCCAUCCACUAGCACCUCGGGCUUUAAUUUUGGUGCAGUUUCGACUUCAACAGAAGCUAAGACAAGUGCUCCAGCCACGUCAAGCUUCAGCUUUGGCUCUGUACCGAUUACUACACCAGAUAAAGCGGUAGCACCAGCGUCAUCGAGUGGAUUUAAUUUUAAUGCACCGGAUAUUUCAAAGCCUGCAGAGACAAAACCAGCGGCAACAGGUUUCUCUUUUGGUUCAAAUGCUGCACCCAGCACAACAAGUGCGCCAACAAGUGGAUUUAGUUUUGGAAAUAUAACAAAAUCGACGGAUAAAGCUGAUGAGAGCAAGACAGAGACGUCGAAAGCCCCAGCGUUUGGAUUCGGACCGUCCACAGCGGCUUCCAGUAGUACUGAUUCAACUGCGACUAGUUCUACUGCUAUUACAACAACUGUGACGGGGACAAUGAAGCCUCCAGCUGAGUAUAUGGGUCGAACGAUUGAGGACAUUAUUAAUGCAUGGAGCGAACAGCUCGAGCGUAAUACCGAUACGUUCACCACUGAAGCUGUUAAAGUGAGCAAAUGGGAUAGCGAUUUGAUGGAUAGUCAGCGAAAGCUUGGAGAUCUUGCUAUUGAUGUACGACGUAUCCAAGUAGCUCAAAAUGAGCUUGAUACGAAUUUGGACACGAUCUUUGCAUAUCAAAUGGAGCUUAAAUCAACACUUGAGCAACUGGAACAUAGCGUAGACAAGAUGUACGAGUCACAAGAUCAGAUGCCUGUUGCUGCUGACAUUGAGCGCGAGCAGACACUGCAAUUGUCGGUAGACAUUGAUGGUCAACUCAAUUCGAUGACAACGACCUUGAAGGAGAUAGUUGAGAGGCUGAACAAGGCGCAAGACGAGGUGGCUGACGAGUCUAACCCAAUCGUGCAGAUUAUGAAAGUGCUAAACGUGCAUCAUAACUCACUUCAGUGGAUUGAAAGUAGUGCUGACCAAAUCAACAAUGAAAUUGGGCAGCUAUCGCGUAAGUUACAAGAGUCGUCGAUUUGA